UGUAUAACAACUUACUGUCAAAUGUGUACGAAUAAUUCUAAAAGUAGGCAACUGUAUUAUUUUUGCAAUUUCAAUGCUCAAUGGAUGGCUUUCGCAUACGAUCGAUAACUAAAAAAGAUCUGCCAACACUUCAUAAACUUAUUAUAGAUGGUUGGUAUGAAUACCAGUUUGAUGCCGGUAGAAUUUCAAUAUUCAGAAAUUGGAAAUUGCAAGUUCGGGUAUUUCUAGUUGCAAUGUUAUCAUCUUCCAUCCUGUUCCGUGAGAAUUGUUUCAUGACAUUCAUUACGUUUUGGCUGCUUGAAAAUGUGUUUUUGUUUCUAGCGGUGAUAUAUUCAUAUCGUCGAAGUAUAAAGAACUACAUUCCAGAAAGUAUGGAUGAGGCACAUUACAUCACAAAACCUCUUGGAUUUUGGGUUGGUGAAACUCAUAAGGAAGGACAAUGGAAAAUAGUUGGAUGUAUAGCGCUUUACAAAAUGGGAGGCGGUGUAGCAUCAUGCAGUGCUGCAGUGUCAUUAGAAAGAAUGAGUGUUACGUCCAAAGUAAGAGGACGUGGAUUUGGAUCCAAACUUUUACAGUAUGCUAUCAGUCAAGCUUCCAACAUGAACUUCCGUGAAAUAAUUCUGGAUACAAGUGAUGUUCGAGUUCCAUCUGUUAAACUAUAUUUGAAGCACGGUUCGAAGUUAUAUCCACGGAGCCCAUGGCCAAUCCAUUUGGAUUAUUAGAUGUAACGAAUUUGAUAAUGAAAAAGAGACUCACAAUAUUUUGAUAAAUUCGAUAUUCCUUCAUAACCUAACUACCAGUUGUGAUUAAGGUGUUUUGUCGUACCUGUAUUCAUUGUGUUCGUUCAUAAUCUACCCACUAGUUGUCGCUAAUGCACCAUCUACAUAUCCCAAAAAUCAUUUCGACUCUCUUCGAGAUGUAGUCUAAUAUUAUCAUCAUUUCAUUCAAUUACCAUGGCUUGAAAUGUUGUUUUUGAUAAAAAUUGGGUAUCACUAUAUUUUCGUACCAUAGUCAAUAAUUACGUCACUGUAAAAUAUGAACUUGGAGCUUCAUUCAAUUAGCAAACCAGAACAUAAGACGUCCCAGCGCUAUUCAGUCUGAUAUACAACAGCCAGUCAACAUUAAAGCGAGUGCAAAGCAGGAUCUAUUUACUAUAACAAAAAAAAGCCAACACUCUUAUUGUCAUCACAGUAGUUGGAGUCUGCUUGAGUUAGACUGAUAAAGAUUUAACUGACAAGCAUAAUCAACUAACGCGUGCAAAAUGAAACAUCUGUACUUCAUUCUAUUUUGCAUUGCAGCAUUUGCAAUCUUUCAAACACUUGCAGUGAAAUAUUGCAAUGGUUUGAAUUGUCCAUAUGUGUGCUGCAAUGAAGCAUUCACAACAGAUUAUUAUUGUACAGAUCACGACGAAUCGAACGGGAUUGUAGACUGUAACUAAGACGAUUUUAGUGACCUGCAAGCACAUUGGUUUCCUACCAAUAAUUUGAGAAAUAAAGGAUUAUAAAGCAUA